AUCGCCAUUUUGGGAACCUAGAUGGCGUUGGCGCUGGGCUACAGAACGGUGCUGCUAAAUGUUACAUGGAGGAACCACGAGGAACUAUUAACAAGUGACUCGCGAAUGCGCAUGGUAGCUCUUCUGUCAAGAAAAGAGACGAAGCGGAUGAGCAAAAGUACUACAGAGGAAACAUUUGCAUUUUAACAUAGGUUUUAGCAUUGUAAGAAACUCAUUUGUGCAGAAAAUGAUAGUACCAAAUGCAAGCAAUUUGUCAGAUGACUCUGAUGACGAAGUUGAUAAUGAUGAAGUCGGAGACACUUAUUCCAAAAAGUAUAAGUUGCUCCUGGAAAGAUGCGAAGUGUUGCAAUUGGACAACGAGCGGUUAGUACACAGGAUCCAACAGGUCAGGAAAAUAUUGAGAAGAUGCAGAAAAGAGAGAAAAUUCCUAAUGGAACGACUAGACCAGCAUGGUGACAACUGGCAGAACAUGCAGCUACCAUUAACUCUGGAUGAACCUAUGCCGGUAACUACCCCACAUGUUACACCAAAAGCAGAAAAGCAUUACACCAAAGGAAAUGACAGAACAUCUCACAAGGCCUCAGCAGGUGAGAAAGUUGGAAGAAAAAACACUGCGACCGGAUCAGGAACAAAGAGAAAAUACACAAAACACAGUGAGAAGCCAGAACGGGAUCCCAAUGCUCCCAAACGACCUGCAAAUCCUUUCUUUCAGUUCUGCCAGGAACAAAGACCGAUAGUUAUGGAAAGGUUAGGAAUGGAACAAAAAUCUGGAGAUGCUGAACCAUCAAAGCAAGAACUGACUCGCCAAUUGGCAAGCAAGUGGAACACACUUCCACCAGAGGAUAAAAAGGUUUAUUAUGAAAUGUAUGAAAAGUCAAAGGAAAAAUACGCGGCAGAAAUGCAAGUUUAUGCAAAUCGUGGAAAAUAUACGACAGAAGAAUGUUAAUAUAUGUUUGUUACAAAUUAUGAUUUUAAUAUGUAAUUUCUUUAUGCACAAUAAAAAUCAAUAUACAAAGAAAAUGUUUACAUUCCAUUCCAUCUAAUUAUUUUCAUUGUUAAAUGUUAUUUCAGUAGCUGCAAGUUCUAAUUCUUUCAGGCCUUGAAGGAAUCUUUUUCACGCCU